UUACCGCGUUGUUCCUGUCUCAGGUUCACGGCCACAGCUCCGUCCUGCCGGCCCGGGGGGUUUAGUUGUGUUUUCACAGCCAUGUUGGGGAAGCAGCAGCUGCGGCUGCUGGUCAGCGAGCGGCUGGCCGCGGCUGCGGACGAGAUCUUCGGGCUGGUGGAGAAGACGAUAGUGGACUACCAGGAGGAGGUGGUGCGGUCCCGGUCCGAGAUCCUGCAGCUGCGGCAGCAGAUCGAGCAGCUCACCGUCCUGCAGCCGCGCAUCUUCCUGUCCCGGACAGACCCUCAGUCGGAUUCAGAGAAGCCAGAGCUUUCCAUUGAGGAGGAAAAGGAGACCAAGGAGCAUCAGCAGGUGAAGGAGGAGCAGGUGGAUCUCUGCAUCAUCCCAGACCUGGACGAGGACUCGUCAGAGGAGGUCAAAGUUACACAUUAUGAACCCGAGACAGGUGUUGUGAACCAGACGGAGGGCCAUCUGUUCCCAAGUGUCAGCUCCAUCACUGUGACUCUGAACAACGAUGAUGAAGAGUGGAUUGGGAAUAAUGGCUCCACCUCGUCCUACUGUGGUCCCAGUCGCCUCGAUGCGGCUUUCUUGCACCACGAACAGGUUCAGGACAAGAGGGCUUGUCGUUUCUGCGGCUGCUCUUUCGGUAGGGACUGCGAUCUGUUCAGGCACAUGGAUGAGUUUCACAUGGGAGAGAAAGCCUUCAAAUGUCCCAACUGUGAGAAGGAGUUUGCUCGCAGAGACAGUCUGGCUUUGCACUUACGGAUCCACACGGGGGAAAAGCCACACAGGUGCCCUUUCUGCGGGAAAUUCUUCACCCAGAAUUCAAAUCUCAGGGUUCACAUGAGGAAGCACACGGGGGAAAAGCCGUAUUUUUGCAAUUCCUGUGGCAAAAUGGUUGCACAUUCCUAUCAUCUAAAAACAUGCUCCAAACAGGCUUUGGACCCAGCAGAGAUCAGCGGGGAGAAAAGGUUUCGCUGUUUGCGUUGCGGCAAGAAAUUUCACACCAUUGCAAACCUGAAGGUGCACGUGAGGAUCCACGACGCCAGGAAAUAAUUUGCUUGUGGCAAAUGAAUACAUUGAAUCACCAUGUUUGGAGCAUGUUCAAUCAGUUGUUUCAUUUUGUUUAAAAAAAAAAAAAAAACAAGACUUUUUUUCAUAACUGAAACUUAAAACUGACUUUAAAAAGAAAAUGUGUAAUGCAUUGUAUUUUUUUUUUCCAAACUUUGUGUUGAGUUACUGUCUUGGAUGGGUUUUAUAAUCCUGUUGUUUAAGGUGAUGGUUUUCUUGUUGGGGCCAUGUUUUCUGUUGCAGCUGCUUUAAGGUCGGAAAGGAGACAACAGACAAGUUUGCAUGUUGAUUAUAUUUUAAUAAUUUAAGUGCAUAUUACAAAGCAAUUCCAUGAUUUAGCCCUAAUGAUUGUGUGAUUCCAUCAUUAUUUUACAUGAUCUUUAAAUUUGGGAUUAAAUUGUGCAGUUUUUUAAAGGAUAUUUUACAGAAUAAUUUGGUAAUAUGAAGCUUAAUUAAUGUUCUCUGAAAGUGGUGAUUCUAUUUUCCUUUUUUUUGCCAGGUUUUGCAGAUGCAUUUUUAUACAAACUGCUUAUUCGCUGUUAUUUUAAUAGCUUAUUCAAUUUCAGAUACCAUUUGUAGGUGUAACUGUGAAAUAAUGUUAUUCAUCUUUUAACAGUUAAAAGCCUGUGUGUUUUAAUUCCUGUUACUGCCUGUUAUGUAUCUCUUCAACUGGGAAAAAGGAUAAAUUGGUGACUGUUAAGUUGUGAGUUUAAUUACAACCAUUUCAGGAGCCAUGCAGUUGUGUGUGCGUUAAUUAUUACUAUUUUGCACUUGUUUUGUGUUUUUGCUGAGUGAAUUUAUGUUAUUUGGUGUUCAUCCAUUCUUUUUGAC